GUCUCAGGUGGCUUGUGUAUGCUCCAACCGGCGUGUGUGUGUGCGUGUGAGCGUGAGUGUGUGCACGCUACGGGCCGAGUUUGGUGUUGCACUUGCCCUCUUGAUCCUUCUCAGCCUUGCAGAAAUACACACACCCACUCACGCAUCCGCCUUGGGUUGCAACCACAGCCCCGCAGCCAUCAGACUCGCAGGCUGCACAGGGGCACCAGCACCUCGCUCGGCAAAAGACGCCGGGUUCAACCCAGUAAGUCUCCAUCAUGGCUCCCUCUGGCCUCGACAGCACACAACUCAACUAUGCCCGCCACAUCAAGUACUGGCGCAGAAACCUCAAGACACUGCUGCCCCAUUUCUACACCAGCAAUGACUCCAACCGCAUGCUGCUCGCCCUCUUCACCGUCUCUGCCCUCGAUAUCCUGGGCGAUCUAGACGCAGCCCUGUCCUCUGAGGAGCGUCAAGGGCACAUCGAUUGGGUCUAUGGCUGCCAAUUGCCAGAGGGCGGCUUCCGUCCUUGGCCAGGGUCCAACUACGGCGAGCUCAGAAAUGACGACAACAAAAUCUGGGACCCUGCCCAUAUCCCGGGAACCUUCUUUGCACUCCUGACGUUGAUUGUUCUCGGCGAUGAUCUGGAAAAGGUUAAGAGGAAAGAAAUCUUGACGUGGUUGGUCCAAAUGCAAAGGCCAGAGGGUAGUUUUGGUGAGACGCUCGGCGAGGGUGGCUAUGUGCAUGGUGGCAACGACUCAAGGUUCGGAUACAUGGCCACGGCCAUUCGAUGGAUGCUACGCGGAAACCUUGAAGGGCCAUGCGAAGGCAUCCCAGACAUCGAUGUUGACGCCUUUGUUACAUGCGUCCGCGCAUCGGAAUGCUACGACGGAGGCAUUUCCGAAGCACCCUACCAUGAAGCACAUGCUGGAUUCACCUGUUGCGCCAUUGCUGCACUUGCCUUUCUGAACCGCUUACCGCUACCGUCCUCGCAAAAGCCCGAUGGUGUUAUCCGCGGAGUCUCCAAUGUUCAAAAUACUCUACAUUGGCUUGUGUCCCGACAAACUCUGACCCUAGACGAGGAGGACAGUCUAGACACUAUGGAAGACGAGACCGAUUCCCCAGAGACUUGUCACGACGCGCACUCUUUUGUAAAGUUGGGCUCCUAUCCAUCUACGCAGGCCCAAGAGGACUCCAAAGUAAGACCCAAUGUUCACUACGACCUGCAAUGGGUUGGUGUCAACGGAAGAUGCAACAAGAUUGCCGAUACAUGCUACGCCUACUGGACAUGCACACCUUUGCAACUGCUCGGUCACCUCAACAUCGUGGAUUCGCAACCCAUCAGGAAAUGGUUGCUGGACAAGACACAACAUGCUGUUGGGGGCUUUGGCAAGGUUACCGGAGACCCGCCGGACAUGUACCACUCGUUUCUGGGCUUGAUGGUUCUCGCUAUGUUUGGCGAGCCUGGCCUUCAGAGUGUUGAUCCGGCAUUGUGUCUUACGCACAGGGCGAAGAAACAUCUCGAGUCACUUUCAUGGAGGAGGAAGAUACUUGGUAUCCAUGACUCAGAAGAUGGAAAAGUUGAUGCAUAGAACAAGGAUAGGUCCAGUUGGCUACAUGCUAUUUAUGGACGAUGAGAACGUCUUCUUGCAUGUCCAGUCAGGCUGGUUGGUGUUGUAGAUUCUAUGUUCAUGAUUGAUGUCUUUCUAGCUUCAACCUAUUAUUUUGCGUCGAGCGCAAUACUCACAAUCAAUGAGAAACGAGAGUCAUGACUACCACUGAAGUAGAUAAUUCAAUCACAAUAAUUUCAUCUAGCCUGUCACGAUCGUGAUGGUGG